GGAGCAGAAGACACACGCACCAUUAUAUCGUAGAUAUUUCCCUCCAUUCCUUUCAAUCACAUACACGAGGGAUCGUACUUCUGAAUGGGGAGCAGAAAAGGCGAGCCAUACUUUGUGUUCAUGAGCUAUGAUCCAGAAUACGAGAGACUUCGUGCUGAUCGAAGCAAGAGAGGGACGCACGAGCUUGAUUUGUACAUAAGCAGAAAGCACGAUGAAGUGUUGGCCACCAGCCUUGAGCCUGGAACCUACAGGAAGACUUCUUCUUUGGUCAUUGUUGAUGGCUUUGCAGUCGAAAUCACUGAGGAUCAAGCCAAUGUGCUCAGAUCUGCAAAAGGAGUGAGGGUUGUUGACAAAAACGAACAAGUUCCAUAGGAGAUGAUCCAGAGAAAUUAACAUAUAUAUGUAUAUGGAAGGAAGCACUACUUUAGUUCGUUAUUCUCUGCUUUCUUGAUAGAUGAAGUUAGUUAUGCGUGAUUUGCUAUGUAGGCCAGGUGUUAUUGAAACCAUUAACAAGGUCCUAGAUUUCGGUUAGGUAUGAUAUGUGUGUGUAAUAAUUGCUACGGAAAUUUGAGUGUUGCCUAUUACAGAUUACCGUAUUACACUAUUACCUAUAUAUCAGUAUGAAAUAUGAAUAUUAUGUAAUGCAGCCAAUUUGUUAUAGAACACUACUUAAACAAGUCAUGAAAGAUAUU